AAACGGUGGGAAAGGGCUGUCACUGGGGACUGGGGCUGUCUCCAAACCCAGUCAAGUUUAAAUCAGUUUGCAUCCUCCUCUCCUCUCCUGUGCUCGCUCGCUCUCAGCUCCCACCUCUCCUCUCUGCAUCUGCCUUCUCUUCCCUUCAACCCCUUUUUUUGAGAGGUCUUCCUCUGAAACAUCAACAUUUACCUUCGCGCAAAUCCGACACCACAAGCUCAGCGUCGCCAUGGAGGCCAUCAAGAAGAAGAUGCAGAUGCUGAAGCUGGACAAGGAGAACGCCAUCGACAGGGCAGAGCAGGCUGAGACAGACCAGAAGGCGGCGGAGGAUAAGUGCAAGCAGUUGGAGGACGAGCUACUGGCUCUGCAGAAGAAACUGAAGGGGACGGAGGAUGAGCUGGACAAGUACUCGGAGGCCCUGAAGGACGCUCAGGAGAAGCUGGAGCUGUCAGAGAAGAAGGCCACAGACGCCGAGGGCGAGGUGGCAUCUCUGAACCGCAGGAUUCAGCUGGUGGAGGAGGAGCUGGACCGCGCUCAGGAGCGCCUGGCCACAGCCCUGCAGAAGCUGGAGGAGGCGGAGAAGGCUGCGGACGAGAGCGAAAGAGGCAUGAAGGUGAUCGAGAACCGAGCCAUGAAGGACGAGGAGAAGAUGGAGAUUCAGGAGAUGCAGCUGAAAGAAGCCAAACACAUCGCCGAGGAGGCCGACCGCAAGUACGAGGAGGUUGCCCGUAAGCUGGUGAUCCUCGAGGGUGAGCUGGAGAGAGCGGAGGAGAGGGCAGAGAUUGCAGAGCUGAAAUGUGGGGACCUGGAGGAGGAGCUGAAGAAUGUCACCAACAACCUGAAGUCUCUAGAGGCCCAGUCUGAUAAGUACUCUGAUAAAGAAGACAAAUACGAGGAGGAGAUAAAAGUCCUGAAUGAUCGGCUGAAGGAGGCGGAAACCCGUGCAGAGUUCGCAGAGAGGACGGUCGCUAAGCUGGAAAAGACCAUAGAUGAUUUAGAAGAGAGCCUAUCGCACGCUAAAGACGAAAAGGCACAAAUGCACCAAGUCCUCGACCAAACGCUGCAGGAGCUCAAUAACUUGUAAGAUGUCGGGAGGAGCAUCAGUCAGUUCAAGUCGCUUUGUAAAAGAUAUUUUUUACAUUCAUUCUGUGAUUUCACGCUUAUUCUUAGUUGUUAAAACACAUGUACUCAUUUUUAUGUAUUUAUGGUUCUUUUCCUUUUCUCUUUUUUAAAUGGUUUGGGGUCUGUGUGAUUUCAGCUUCACUGCUUCUAAUAAAGACCAAACUCUGAAUAUAAAUAAAAUGAUGCAGACAAUUAAAGUUCAA